CUGUACCCUUAUUCUUUGUCCUUGGCUCUCUCUCUCUCUCUCUCUCUAUAUAUAUAUAUAUAUGUAUAUACAUAUAUAUAGUUCCCCUGCAGCUGCAAUAGGCAUUCCAGGUGCUCUUCAGUUUAACCUUAGAGUUAAGUGGAACAGACACUAGUUCCCAGACAGUCCUCAGGUAGGUUGAACCACCAUACAUAAGGUUUUCUGUUAUCAUUCUGGAUUGAGGGAAGCAACUGGGAGCUCAUCAAGACUGCACUGCCCCAGGCAGGAGGAGAGUACAGGGAGAAGAAAAAAAAUCCCAGUCUGCUUACUCAGAGGAGCAACAGACAAUGGAUCCCAAAGGCCAGAAGGUGAAGCUUAAUGAUGGCCACUUCAUUCCUGUCCUGGGAUUCGGAACCUAUGCACCUCCAGAGGUUGCUAGGAGGGAUGCUCUGGAAUUCACCCCAUUUGCAAUAGAGGUUGGGUUUCGCCAUAUUGACUGUGCUCAUGCUUACCAAAAUGAAGAGCAGAUAGGCCAGGCCAUUUGGAGCAAGAUUGCAGAUGGCACUGUGAAGAGAGAAGACAUAUUCUGCACUUCAAAGCUGUGGUGCACAUCCUUUCGACCAGAGUUGGUCCAACCAGCCUUGGAAAAGUCACUGAAAAGUCUUCAACUGGACUAUGUCGAUCUCUAUAUUAUGCAUUAUCCACUGGCUCUGAAGCCAGGGGACGAAUUAUAUCCAAAAGAUGAAAAUGGAAAACUGAUAGCUGACUCGGUGGAUUUCUGUCGCACAUGGGAGGCCCUGGAGAAGUGUAAGGACGCAGGGUUGGCCAAAUCCAUCGGGGUGUCCAACUUCAACCACAAGCAGCUGGAGAAGAUCCUGAACAAGCCAGGGCUCAGGUACAAGCCCGUCUGUAACCAGGUGGAAUGUCACCCUUAUCUCAAUCAGAGGAAACUGUUGGAUUUCUGCAAGUCACAUGAUAUUGUUCUUGUUGCCUAUAGUGCUCUGGGAUCCCAAAGAGUAAAAGAAUGGGUGAACCUGAACCACCCCGUUCUCUUGGAGGACCCAGUUCUCUUUGCCAUUGCCCAAAAGCACAAGAAAACCCCAGCUCUGGUUGCCCUUCGCUACCAGAUACAACGUGGGGUUGUGGUUCUGGCCAAGGGUAACAACAAGGAGUGGAUCAAAGAGAACAUGCAGGUGUUUGACUUUGAACUGACUCCAGAAGACAUGAAAGCAAUUGACGGCCUCGACAGAAAUAUAAGAUAUUGUGAUUUUCAACUGGGUGUUGGUCACCCUGAGUUUCCAUUUUCUGAAGAAUAUUGACUCUUAGUCUUCCUUCUGGAUCUUCAAGAAUUUCUUGCUUCUAGGGGAUGGGAUUUUUGUACUUGGUGGAGGUGCUUAAAUGCAGUGUCCGAAUGUUUGAAAGCUUGACUUUCCUUAAAAAAAGAAAAAUAGUUUAUGAAACAAUAAAGACUUCAAAGUAAGAAUACUCUUUCUUUCUGAUAUUUGAAAAAACAUGCAAAUUGCAGAAAAUUUGGAAAACAGAAGGGAAAGGAUUGGAAAUAAAAAUAAGCUAUGAUUAAACCAUUUGCUAAUACUUAACUUUGGUGCAUUUUCUUUAUGAAUCCUAUGCAAAUGUCUAUGUGUGUUUAUAUACAAAGACAAAUAAUCUUCAAUCUGCAGAUUGUAUGUUUAUUUUUUAACAGCAUAAUUAUCUUGAUAAGCUAACAAUAUGAUUUUAAAAAAUCCAGUAUUAUAUUUUUUAUUGUAAAGCAACACAUCUUAUUCAUUUAUUUAAUUUCUUAAUUGUCUGCCCAUGCUUAGCAUUUUGAUGAGUUCUUAUAUAUUCUCCUAGUAUUUCAUUAGUUGCCAUUC